AUGUUUAGAGAAUUUGAUCUUAAUGGGGAUGGAUAUAUACAAAAAGAUGAAUUACGUUCAGUUAUGAUUAAAAUGGGUCAAUCACCAACAGAAGAAGAAUUGAAUGCAAUGUUUGAUGCUGCCGAUGCUGAUAAAGAUGGAAAUAUAGAUUUUGAUGGUAAAUUUAAAAAAUAUGUGGGCAUUAAAGUAAUUACAUAG